CGUGAGCCACCGCGCCCCUGGGGGGGGGGAGGAAGGUUUUAAUCUUAAGACAAAUAUUUAUGGGGAAUCCACUGUAUGUUAGAGCUGUUCUAGGAGAAUCAAUCAAUGGAGAUCCAGCAAUAAAGAAAAUAAAUAGUAUUCCUGCUCUCCUGGAGUUUCUAUUGUGCUGUGGAAUACAGACUGUAAACAAAUAAAACUACGAUAUGUCAGGUGGUAAGGUCUAUGAAAAAGGAAAAAAUAAAACAGUGACAGUUCAGGACGGGGUGCUAUUUUAUAUAGGGUGGUGGGGGAAGGUUGCUAUGAUGAGGUGACAUUUGAAGAAAGAGCUAAAGCAGGUGGGUGGGGGGCCAUAGUCAUAUGUACAGGAAGAGGCUUCCAAGGCAAGGCAACAGCUGGAGCAAAGGCUCCAAGGCAGAAGCAUGCUUAGUGUCUUCCAGGAAUCGUGAGGAGUUCAGGGAGAGCCGUGGGCAGGGUGGGAGGCUUGAGAUGAAACGGGGGAGCUAGCCGGGCACCAGAUUGUGAAGGACCGUGUAGGCCACUGUAAAGACUUUGGCAUUACUUGGAGUGGAUCUGGAUCGGGGUGCCGUUGGAGACUGAAACAGAGUGACUUGAUCUAGCAGGUUUUAACAAGUUCACCCUGGCUUUCAUAUGGGAAAUGGACUUGGGUGAGGGCAAAAGUGGAAAAGGAGAGAUGAGCUAGGAGGUUGUAGCAAUAGUCAAGAUGAAGGUGAUGGCACAGACUAGGGUGAGGGAAAAGUGGGAAAAAAAUGAAGCAUUUGUAAGCAUGAUCAAAUUUGUGUUUUAGAGAAUUGACUGUGAUAGUGCCCAGGAAAAAAGAGUUGGUGGGAUCCAAAAGUUGAAUAACAGAGGCCAGUAGUUGCCCUGUCAAGAUAAGAAAUGGUGAAUCAUUUGCAUAGAUAUUUGUUGCUAUUUCUUUACUUUUGGGAAGAGCAGAACAAAACCAGGAGACCAUGUGUGAAAUAUAGGCAGCCAAUCAAGCAAAGGAAUUCAGGUUGGCCAAAGACUAUGAUUAAAUCAAAGAGAUGGUCUGUGUAGAAGGCAGAACAGGCAAUGGGGAGAAAGGUUUACUUCUUACCACAUAACUUAAAGUGUCUGGUCCAAGCCCCUUUUCCUUUCUGGUCAUGCCUUGCCUGAGACCUGCCUCCCUCCUCAAGCUUCCCAGUCCUUGGAUUGGAUUCCCACAUUUUCUUCUGCUGUCCAAGUGGCACUUACCCCUUAGGAGCCAGUGCAGAGCCUGCCUUGAAGUCUCCCGUCCCUCUCCCAGUCUUUCCUGCUUUGAGUGCCUGCAGCGCCUUGCCUUACUAUGUGUUGUCUCAUAGUGUGUGCUAAUAAAUAACACUUCUUAAAAUAAACUGAAACUUAUGCAAGGACUGCAGUGUUUUUCUUUUGCAUUUUUAGUCUGCCACAGUAUACAUAGUAAAGCCAGGCAUCUGGGAAAGAUCUAGUCAGUCAGAUCCCUGGCCUUGGUCAGAAAAAGGGCCCAUUUCAACCCUGCUCUGCUCCUGCAGGGGCGUGGCCACACUGCUGAGCAGGAAUAUGUAUGGAUGAGCCAGUGUUGUGUGUGGAUGUGGUCAUGAACCUCAGUCCCUAGAAGGAGCCACUCCUUUUUUCUCUAAAGUUCAAAUCUUACCCAACUCCUUAAUGCCCAACUCAGGAAACAGAUGUUGAGUGUGAUCAAGAUAGAUAAAGUCUGUUCUCAUGGAGCUUACAGAGGGAUAUAAACAGUAAGCUAACAAGCUAAUCUCAGAUAAUUGUUAGAAGUACAAGUGGCCUUUCUCUCUGAAUCUGUUUUGUUUCUGAGUUCAGGUGUCAAGAAUUUGGGCAGUGGGAGAUACCUGGGCUAGGAGGAAAAUUAAACACAGUAAUGUGAUGGAGAGUAAGUUAGAGGGAGGUGCUAAGAUAUUUCCAAGGAGAACAUGCUUGAGAUGACAACAAAGUAACUAGUUGUCAACCAUGAAGAGAUCAAGAGGUUAGAGCAAGCAAAAAGGCCAGGGUGGGAGCAGUCUUGAUCUAGUCAAGCAACACAAAGACCAGCGUGCUCCAGCCCAGUGAGCUAUGGGGGAAUUUGAGUUUUAUUCUUAAUACAGUGGGGUUCUGUUAAUUUUAGGCAGUGGGUACUUUAUGAUACAACCAUACUAUGGAAUACUAUGAAACAGUUCAAAGCAAUAAGAUGAAAUUAUAUAUAUAUAUUACUAUGGAAAUAUACAUAUAUAUAUUACUAUGGAAAGAUCUCCAAGAGACAUAGGUAAAUGUAAAAAGUAAGUUGUAGAACAAUGUGUAUGAUAUUUCAUAAAACAGGAUUCUCUGUUGUAGGUAUGGAUGUGGUUCUGGAUGUGUGUGUGUGUGUUAAACGUGGACAAGGGGCUCUAAGUGUAUACAGCCAACUGUCAAGAGAUUAUUUCUGGGGAGUAAAAUGGGAUUGGUUAUGGGGAUGAAGAGGGCCAUGACUUUUUACUACCCAUUGUGUUUGGAUUUUGUAACAAAGGAAAUGAAUGGGCAGCAAGGAAUUGGAGAUUGUAUAAAAAGGCUUGGCUUUGAAGGAAUCUAGGAAGAUAGCUAAGUGGGAACAUAGCUUUGCAGGACAAACUACCCCUCGUGACUUUCCUGCCUGACACUACUAGAUCCUUUAACAAUUGAUGUAAACAACUAGUGUAUAUAACCUAACAUUACCCCAUCAGGCUGACAAAUGUGUGGUCACUGCUUCUAUUAGAUCCUACAAUAUGUUCCCAGUAUUGCUAUGGGAACAUUUGUAGGGUUGGUCCCUAGUUGAGCAGGAAUGUGAUCCUACAGGAAUCAGUGACAUUCAAAGAUGUGUCUGUGGACUUCACCCAGGAAGAAUGGCACCACAUCGACCCUGCUCAGAGGAGACUAUACAGGGAUGUGAUGCUGGAGAACUACAGCCACCUGGUCUCUGUUGGAUAUCAAGUUUCCAAGCCAGAGGUGAUCUUCAAAUUGGAGCAAGGAGAAGAGCCAUGGAUAUCAGAGGGAGAAAUCCAAAGACGUUUCUGUCCAGACUGGAAGAUCAGGCCUGAAGCCAAAUCAUCAUAUCUGCAGCAGAGUGUAUCAGAAAUAUCCCAUAGCACAGAUAAUCUCUCACAUGCCACAUUAGAAGACUCCUGGGAUGUUGACAGCCAGUUAGAGAAGCACCAGGAAAACUGGAAGAGACAUCUGGGGCCAGAGGCACCCACCCAGAAGAAAAUAAUCACACCACAAGAAAAUUUUGAGCAAAAUAAACUUGGUGAAAACUCUAGAUUGAACACAGACCUGGUUACACAACUGAACAUUCCUUUUAGAAUAGGGCUUAGUGAAUGUGAGACACUUGGAAACAAUUUGGAACAUAAUUCAGACUUACUUAAUCAGAGCAAUAUCCUUACAAAAAAGAAACCCUUUAAAUGUAAUAAAUGUAGAAAAGCUUUUAUUCAUAGAUCGUCACUUACUAAACAUGAGAAAACUCACAAGGGAGAGGGAGCUUUCCCCAAUGGUACAGAUCAGGGAAUUUAUCCUGGAAAGAAACACCAUGAGUGUACUGACUGUGGGAAAACCUUCCUCUGGAAGACACAGCUUACAGAGCACCAGAGAAUUCACACUGGGGAGAAACCCUUUGAAUGUAAUGUGUGUGGAAAGGCAUUCAGGCACAGCUCAUCCCUUGGUCAACAUGAGAAUGCUCACACAGGAGAGAAACCCUAUCAGUGCAGUCUCUGUGGGAAGGCCUUCCAGCGCAGCUCCUCCCUUGUUCAACACCAGAGAAUUCACACCGGAGAGAAGCCCUAUCGAUGUAAUCUAUGUGGAAGGUCAUUUAGGCAUGGCACAUCCCUUACUCAACAUGAGGUCACACAUAGUGGAGAGAAGCCCUUCCAAUGUAAAGAAUGUGGGAAAGCCUUCAGUCGAUGUUCUUCCCUAGUCCAACAUGAGAGGACUCAUACUGGCGAGAAACCUUUUGAAUGUAGCAUAUGUGGGAGGGCUUUUGGUCAGAGCCCAUCCCUUUAUAAACAUAUGAGGAUUCAUAAGAGAGGCAAACCUUACCAAAGCAAUAACUACAGCAUAGAUUUCAAGCAUACCUUAUCUCUUACACAAGAUGAAAGCACUCUAACUGAAGUGAAAUCCUAUCAUUGUAAUGACUGUGGAGAAGACUUCAAUCACAUUACAGACUUUACUGACCAUCAGAGGAUUCAUUCUGGAGAGAACCCCUAUGACUGUGAGCAGGCGUUUAGUCAACAACCUAUUUCUCAUCCUGGGGAGAAACCAUACCAAUGUAAUGUAUGUGGAAAAGCUUUCAAAAGGAGUACAAGUUUCAUAGAGCAUCACAGAAUUCAUACUGGAGAAAAACCCUAUGAAUGUAAUGAGUGUGGAGAAGCCUUCAGUCGACGCUCAUCGCUUACUCAACAUGAGAGAACCCACACUGGAGAGAAACCCUAUGAAUGUAUAGACUGUGGAAAAGCCUUCAGUCAAAGUUCAUCUCUUAUUCAGCAUGAGAGAACUCAUACCGGAGAGAAACCCUAUGAAUGUAAUGAAUGUGGACGAGCCUUCCGAAAGAAAACUAACCUGCACGAUCAUCAGAGAAUUCAUACUGGAGAAAAACCCUAUUCUUGUAAGGAAUGUGGGAAAAACUUUAGCCGAAGCUCAGCUCUUACUAAACACCAGAGGAUUCAUGCACGAAAUAAACUUUAGAAACCCUGAAAUUGAAGGUGCAGAACACUUUAGCUAAAAUACUGUUCUGAUUCAGUAUCAGAGGAUUCUUACUGGAGAGGAAGCUUGAGAAUGUGAUGAAUCAUGUGUUUUUAUGUUGAGUGUGGAGAAAACUCUGUGCCAGUCAACAGAAUUUUGUUUAAUAAAUAAAAGCCACAUUCUCAGAUCUAAUUACAGAAUGUUGUAAAACAACUACAAACACCAUAUGUAGCAGUUGGAAAUAUUCCUAUAUAUUGGACUUUAUAAAGCUUUUGAAUAUAUGCAGGAGAUCACCAAGUUUCAACAGCUUGACUUGUAACUCCCACUGUUGACAGCCUUUUAAAAACAUAGAACUCCUGCUAUAAUAACUGACGCUUAUUUUAAAAUUGUUUGACAGCUGCACUCAACUGCAGCUCUUACAUUAACUUCGCCAUGGAAACUAAUUCCACCUCCGGGAAUUCACCAUUCAAAGAAUUAGGUCAACUAGCUUAGCCACUUCAUUGUACAGAUGAAGAUACUAAAAACCAAAGAUGUGAAGUGGUUUGCACAGUGUGAUACAACCUAAAUGGCAAAGCUGGGUUCAGAAUUCAGGUUUCCUGGAUCUUUAGCUCCAUGUCCUUGCCACUGAAAAGGUAUUUUGGAAUUCAGAGGGCUUUAAAAUAAAAAAAUUUUUUGAGACAGAGUCUUGCUCUGUUGCCCUGGCUAGAGUGUAGUGGAGUCAUUGUAGCAACUUCUUGCAAGCUUACAACCAAAAAACAAACUGUAGAUAGUUGAACUACUGGUGACAUUUUUCCUUCUCCCAGUUAUAAUUAUUCUUCCAGCUAACAUUGGUUUCAUAGCACUAAUAAAUCCUGUGCUUUUUGUGGCAUACUCAUGAAAAAGCACUGCCCCAAACUUCCUAUAUCAGAUCAGUGGGAAAAUGACACAAAACUAAGAGAAUUUUUUCCCAGUUAAUUUUACUGUAGAAAAAUAUAAGUCUAAUUACCCAUUGCCAUCAGUUUUGUCUUUGACUCAGAGAAAUGCUAUGUAUUGGCUCAUUUUGUGUGCAAAGGUAAUAUUUCCCCGUUAAAAAAAAAAAGUCUACUAAUUUUAGCUCUGUGGUGCCUUUGCAUCAGUAAAGCAUGAGCUAAGCUUACAUGGCCUGCUCCAUCCCCUAAUGGUUUAUCCUAAAGAAAUUUCUAGAACCUUUGUUGGUUCAUCACAGAGCAGAGAAAUUUGGAAGCAAUUGUGGACACUGGCCCCUUUCACACAAGAACCUCUUCUCCCCUUAAGAUAGGCAAAUUUUUCCAUACCUAAUUAUAAAUCAUGGAGUGAAAUGAUGUCACUGGUGUUGAUGGUUAACCUUUCCUACUGGCUUCUUUUUGUGCCAGACAGCAGCAUCCAUCACGCUUCUCUCAUCCUGGAUGGCAUGAGGCAGCUCCCAAGCAUUCUUCAUCCUCUGCAGGGAAAAAUGUGCAUGGGGGCUGAAAUGUAUGUGUAGACCAUUGAGUCUAUCACCUGUGAAGCAAGAUGGGCUAUUCCAUAGCAGAUCUGCCCUUCUGAGAUGUUAACCACUAAAAAAAAAGAAACCCUUGUUUAUGAUGCUCCAUGCUUAGCUCACACACAAUGCCAAGACCAUGCUUGUGUUGUCUGAUAUGUAGUUGACAAUGGGUAAUUCUACUCAGAGCCUCCCCUACUGAUUGGCUGGGAUGCAUGUCAGGAUCUUAUUUUACUGCUGGUUGUUUGGAGGGUCCCCAUAGUGGCCUACUUCCAGGAGUGGCAUGAAUUGUAACUGAGUGCUGUUCCACUGUUACGGAGGUUUAUAAAAACUUAGUUCCAGAAGACUUAAAGGAGACCACUUGUGUGUCUUUGGAGCCUGGCUUGGAUCCAGCCACUACUCUGAAUUUCAGUACAUCUUCACUGACAGGAGGGAGCCCAGGAUGUACGUGUGGCUGAUUGAGCAGAGGGAUUUCCUAGUCCUAGCAGCCGUGCACCGUACACUUAUACAUACCCUUGCAGAGCUAUAGGAAUUGCAUCCUUGUAACAUCAAUGUAUUCUUUCAAUAAAUAGCCUUCUGAGUUGAA